UCUCUCAGCCUUUCACUUUCUCUCUCUUUUUGUUGUGCGACCUUUGAAAGGCUUUUUGCCCCAAAUGAAGCAGGCCAACCCCGACUGCUCAGGCAGGAAAGUGAAGGAGCCUGAGCGGACAUGAUGAGCCCAAGGCUCCAUCCAUGACAAGACAGCUGCCCCCCUCUGUUUAAAGCCUGAGGCCAUGAUCUUGGAUGGAUUUCUCUGAUGAUCUGGACGUAUGGAUUCAGUUUUGUCAAGAAAAUGAUGCUUGACUUUCAAACCUCAGAAGAUGGCAACAGUGCCUUUAUUCAAAGUGCAGAAGAGAUGGAGUGUAAGAUCUGCUACUGUAUGUACAACUUGGGGAGCCGCAGGCCAAAGGUGCUGGAGUGCUGCCACCGUCUCUGUUCCAAAUGUCUCAUCAAGAUCCUGGACCUGGGAGAGUUGCCCCCUAAUGCUUUGGUUUGUCCAUUCUGCCGCUGCAUCACCGCACUGCAGGGAGACUCUGUGAGCAGCCUGCCAGAUGACUGCAACCUGGUAUCAACACUGGCUCUACAAAUGAGGAAUCAGGGGAACUCCCACCACGACACAGCAACAGAGCUUCUCCUCAAUCCUAGACACCUGACUUCCCUGAGGGGUACUUGCCCAUCCUUGAUUUACCAUUCAUCUAUAUCCUCCUCUUCCUCGUCCUCAUACUCUACCCUCCGUAAUUCACCUAACUUUGUAGUCAUCACUAUCAUGGAACCACCGCCUGCCUCUGCAGUGUCAGACCACGGACACCCUUCCCCCAGCCUGGACUCCAUCUCAUCCAUCACACAGCCGUGGACUUUGUGGAACUGUGCUGCCCUCCUGUGUCAGACCUCAGCCCGGGUUCUGGUGUGGGUGCUGGGGCUCCUGUACUUCAGCUCGCUCCCCAUGGGGGUUUACCUGCUGAUCCUGCAGAGAACAACAGCUGGGAUGCUGCUAGUGAGCUUGGUUCCCUCCAGCCUCGUCAUGAUCAUUGUCUACGGCUUCUGUCACUGCGUCUGCCAUGAGUUCUGGGACUGCGUGCCCCCAUGAUGGGACCCAAUGAACACGGAACAAUUUACUUUGAUUUUCCUCAACUGUAUGUCUCCAGAACUCAGUAAUGGGGGGAGAAGGACAACCAUGUGAAAAGUUACUUCAAAGGACAGAAAAAUGCCUCUUGUGUCACUGAGACUCUAGCUCUUUGUUUCCAUUUCUAAGCCACUUUCAGAGAACCUAUUUAAGUUUAUUAAUCUCAUACACAUUAGGACGAAUUUUAGGAAUUAGGUGUUUUUAAAAAAUUACUUGUUUUCAUUUGUGAAAUGGUUUUUGAGUGUCAAUGGCAUGGGUAUGUAACUCCAGCAACAGGUUGAUACUACCAGAGUGUCAGGCAACCCCACAAAAAAUGACUACAAUUAAUUUAAUAAUUAUAAAGUAAUAAUGUAAGACAAUCAAAUUUUUCAAUUUGAGACACCAACCUGCUUUUGUCCAACCUGAGAAACUGCUCAUUUUUCGCAAAUGUGAAAACGUUCUUGCCACUUGAACAGUCCAAUGUCAUGAACAGCACAAUAGCGCCUCUUAGUGGGACAAAGGUGAUGGGCUAACUUUGUGCCUCAAGAGACGUCUCCCACUUUUUAAAGAUUAUUGUUUUAAACCAUUUAAUUUUCUUUAAUCAUUACACUUGAACAAAAACAUCAUUAAAUGAUGAUAAAAUUAAUAGAAAAACUAUCAAAGUACAGCUAAGCUUUUGACCACACACAAGCAGAUAAUCUUUGGAACCCUAAACUCAAAGGACUCCAAACAAACAAAUGGAGUUUGAAGUGGGAGAGGGAUAUUGCCCAGAAAGUGCCAAAAAAUUGAUAAUUUGGUCUACACAUUGACUGUAUAAGAGGGCUGGACUGAGUCCGUGUGGUGUCACACUAGUGUGGAAAAAUGACUUAGUUUGGCUCCAACCAAAUGAAUUAAGUUCAGUCACCAUUUUUUCGGGAUACAUGUUGGAGCCGGACAGCAACAGUAAGCAGUGACUGGUUCGAGUUAGUCUGAGUCAUAAUUUCUAUGGCAACCACUUUUGCCAAUCAGGAGUGAGUUUUUUAGAAGUCCACACCCCGACCAGUUGAAAGCAUAUUUUGAACGUUCAACGUGAGACCACAUACUUUUACCGAGCAUUCCAAUUGGUCACUUUAAAACUUAAUUAACUUGCAUUUUAGAAAAAAUAUCAUGACCAUAUCAUAAUCAUAAACCAGGUAUGUCCAAAGUCUGGCAUGCGUUCAAAUUUCCAGCCACCCACAGGCUCCUGUCAUUAAAUCAAUAAUGCCCUCCGCACUUUUUAAGAACUGUGUGUACGAUUCCCUAGCUGUGAUUGGCUAAAUUAUGAUAAAAGCUGUUGUAAACCUGUGGCAAAAGCCUUUGGCUACUUGAUCUUCAGAGCCCUUAAGGGCCAAAUCAUAAAAACAGAUUUUAUUGUUUCUGGGAUCAAAAUCACAGUGGAUUCUACUUCUGGAUAAGACAGCUGUUUCUGUUAUUUUGUUGUUCACAUGAAUUUAGUUUAGGAGUUCACAGUGAGCAUUUAAUCAUGAAUAAUGUGUAACAUGUAAUAUGAACACUGAUUUACUGUUGGUUAAAAACUUUUUUCCAGACUUUUUCUUCUUUUUAUUUUUCAUCUUAAAAUUGGAAAUUUAUGAAUAUGUUUGCAAAAAUGUAUUUAGAUAUGUGAAGAAAUGAAAAGUAUUCCAUGGCAAUAACAUUUUCAUUAAAUUGAUCUUUUACAUGUGAUGUUAUUAUUGUUCAAGGAAUGCAGGCUAACUGGUAGGCCCCCCACACAAUUUCACCUCAGUAAAUCUGGCCCUUUUUGCAAAACGAUUGGACACCCCUGUCAUAAACAGUUAAUGGUUUGAACUAGGCCUGGGCUGCACAAUCAAUCGCAAAUUUA